AGCGCUCUGUCCGUGUCCAGUCUUUCCAGUCUGGAUCUGCCCCUAUCUGAUUGUAAUAAAGGAAGGCCACUGCCCAUGGUGCCAGUGCCCUCCCCCUCAGCCAGUGCCAGCAAAGGCCCAUCCAAAAUCAUAGCUGCAAAAGAACCUAAGAAGACCUCACCACUCCAUAAACCCUUCCGUGGUACAGACUUAACUUUACGAUGUGAGGAUCAUUCAGUGAUCAGUACAGCCAUGGUCGAGCCCACUGCCACGAAGGCUGAGCCUGUGCCGUCGUCCCCCACCCCUCAACAUUACCCCAAGGCAACAAGAGUUCUCACCCAGGACUUGUAUGUUGUGAUGGAACCUGUCGCUGAGCCAGCCAACCACACAGGCGAGGACGCAUUGGAAAGGACGGGGUCAGAGGAUUUACUGGAGACACUAGACAGCCCAAAACAUGACAUGACUGUGAAGCUGGGCAGUGCUCUUUGUACGGGAAGCAGAGAACGACGCCUGUUCUUUCAGCUGUCACUGUGUGACUGAUAAAUUGGUCAGACAAGUCAGUUCAAGUUGACCUCCUUCCCUAUAGUAGUCACGAUAACCGUUUUUUUCCCUUUAUCCAGAUGUUAAUAAAAGGAAAAGUUCUAAACACAAAAAGACAUAAGACAGCAUGGGUUGUUAUCUUUUUUAGAUAUUACAUUUGAUGUCAUUACAGUAAUAGGUCUGAGUCAAAUUUCCGUGGGGAGUUGGGGACCCUAUGCUCAAUACUUUCAAGUCCAGCGAGGUUCAAAGAAGUGUUGACACAGAUGUUGACACAAAUACAUUUGGUCAUUUUCCACUGUUAGAUGGGAAAGUUUGACCCUCUUUCAUAAACCUCUACAACAUAUGAUGUGAUGUGAGUGUCUGUUAUCUGAAUGCAGGUUGGCAUCGUCAAGAGAAGUACAUUUAAACGAUAUGAUGCCGGGAUUGUCUGUUUGUCUGUGUGUGUGCUUGUGUGUACAUGUGUGUGUGUGCUUGCGUGUGUGUGUGUGAGGGAGCAUGGGGUCUCUACAGCUGGCUGAGUGUUGUUGGCCAACAGUGUUUUAAUGUGGUAGAAAUGUAUUUCUCAUCUGGAGGGACCCUCCCAACCAAAUACAGGGACAUUCUGUCAAACAUUCAAUAAACACAGCUUGCUGUAAGAGCCAUAUUAUGGAUAUGAAAAUCGAUCCAAAAAUUGAUUGGGUACUGUAUUAUCAUGGCCAGAUUGUUGUUGCCAUCUUUUCCAUUGUCCUCUUAGUGUUUAGGGAUCCACUGAGGAGCCUUGUGUGUUGUGUGAGAGAGAGAUCAGGUUUAUGGGGGCAAGAGGCCUUGGCUCUCAGACAAGCUCUCAGGGAAAAAAUGCAACUUUUGGAGGAACAGCAGAGUUGCGAAAAUGUUCAGAGAUUCUCAGAAGGACACUCACAGCCUCACUCACAGAAUGACUGCACAUGUAGACCGUAGCAAGCUGGUGCAGUGGCAGAUUUAGACUUUGAUAAGAAGGAUUGCUCUGUGUCAGUCCUACCAAUACGUAAUGUACCUUAUGACCAAAGAGGAUACAAGUAAUCAGGGAAAUUAAAAGCACAUUUUUUCUUAAGUCCUUAAAGUAAAAAAGUCCCUUUUUUUUGUCCAUGUAUCUCUAUCCAAAGAACACCUCAUACAAACUCUGAGUCCGAAAGCAAUUUUAAUGUUUCUCUUUGGAUUGGAUGCCUUGUUUGUUAUGACAUCAAAACAAUAACUGUAGGAGCCGAAUUAACCAUUAUGUUGAUUCUUAUGUUAUCUCUCUUUAUUUGUAUGUGCAAGUGUGUGUGUGUAAGAAUAGGUGAGUGACACUAUGGCCGUAGAUGUUUUUACCCCCAUCUAGAGGACACCUGAACUUUACCUGAGAGGCUGAAGGUGGAGCCCAAGGGGGAAAGGCAUUCAAAUCCAGCAGCCAGAGCAUCUGGGCAUGGCUGAGGAAGGCAACAGUUUUUUGACCGUGUGCCAGGACGUUUGCAAAAGAACCAUGCGCUUUACGAAAGACUCUUUAGUUUAUAACAUAACAUUGCAUAAACCCACUGGAUGCCAUGAAUAGCGGUGAAUAUGUAAAGUUCUCCAAGGACAGGUUCUGGUUGGACGCUCCGACGGAGAAGCAACGCAAAGAGCUGGAGGAGGAGCUGAAGCUGAGCAGCGGCGUCCUGCAGAGCCACGCCUGGUACCACGGACACAUCCCCUGGCAGGUUGCUGAGUCUCUGGUGGAGAACCACGGAGAUUUCCUGAUCAGGGACUCACUCUCCAGCCAGGGAGACUAUGUUCUGACCAGCCGCUGGACUCUCAAGACUCUGCACUUCCUCAUCAGCAAAGUUGCGGUCCAGUCCGGUGACAUCCACAGCCGUGUCCAGUAUGCCUUGGAGGGGGAGCGGUUCGACUCGGUUCCGGCGCUGAUUCACUUCUACGCGGGGAACAGGACAGCACUGACCCUACACAGCGGAGCUGAGAUCCAUCGUCCUGUUAAUCGGACGUUGCCCCUGAGGUACCUGGAGGCUUUGUUUGGUACGGGCGGACCCAGGAGCUACGCGGUGAGCUCUCCUUCGUGCCAAAGGGCUGCGCAGAACAAGACUGGCGAUGGAAACAGAACAGGCAACACCUGCCCCUUGAGCCAUUCCCAUGUUCACCACAAGGGAGCAGUCUGGAGCUGUGAGCUUGGCAGCUUGGAUCGUCUCCAGCCCUCGUGUCCCACUGGGGAAAACCCUGUGUCUCCUAAAUUCAACACCAUCCCCCAACACAGGGGUCAGCACCAUCACCAUGGCAACCGAAUGGGGAUCACAGCCCCCAUCUCAGCCCAGCCCCAACCCUCCCCCAAAAACAACAUCCGCCUCCCCCGCACCCCCCAACCCCCGCACCCCCACAGCUGCCCCAGGGCAGAGGCAGACACAGGAGGCAGCCACUACGAACAGCCCGGCCUCCAGGCAAAGAGCUACGUGGAGCGCCUGUGUGCCGAGGAAGGACUUGACCCUGGCCUAAGCCCGGGAAACGGGAAGAAUGGCAAUGUGUUCUUUCUUCCUGAGGUGGAGAAAGUGUCUGUCUUCGGGCCCAGCAGAUAUAGGUCCAAGCUGCUGCCCAGGGACAACAAGCCCCUGGAGAUGGGCGUGCUGAGGAGGAGGAAGGAGCUGCUGGCUGAAGUGGACCCCAGGACUGCAGCCAAGCACAUCACCAAGGCCGACUGCAUGGUUGCCAGGAUACUGGGGGUUAGUCCAGAGAUGCAGAGGAGGAUGGGGGUGAGAUACGGGAUAGAGCUGCUGACCCUCCCUCAUGGCCACCAGCUUCGCCUGGACCUGCUAGAAAGGUUUGUGACCAUGUCCAUCAUGCUAGCGGUGGAUGUGCUGGGAUGCACGGGCACAGCUGAAGAGAGAGCUGCCUUGCUACACAAGGCUAUCCAGAUAGCUGCGGAGCUCAAGAGCAGCCUAGGAAACCUGUUUGGUUUUGCUGCCAUCAUGAGAGCCUUGGAGCUGCCACAGAUUUCCCGCCUGGAGCAGACUUGGAUGUUGUUACGCCAGCGACAUACUGAGGGCGCCAUCCUCUAUGAGAAAACCCUGAAGCCUUUCAUGAAGAGUCUGAACGAUGGGAAAGAGAGUUGUCCAUUGUCAAACACAUGUUUCCCACAUGUGGUCCCCCUUCUUUACCUUCUGGAGAAGAGUGUGGCGGUCGGGGAGGGGGUGGAGCCAUGGGAGACAGUGGAGACCGGAGUGGAGGCGGUCAUGAGUCAUCUGGGGGCAGCACGUACCAUUGCACAGCUGGGGGGGGUCUACCACACCAACGCAGAGACUAAAUUACAGGGCUUCCAGGAGCAGCCAGACAUCCAGGAGCUCUUCCUCACAGAGUUCCAGAUGAGGUUGCUAUGGGGUAGUCGAGGAGCCGAUGAGAAGCAGACAGAACGCUACGCCAAGUUUGACCAAGUGUUGACAGCCCUGUCUAAUAAACUGGAGCCACCUCCUCGACCUCAAUGAGCCAGAGUCCCUCAGAGGGACCCUGUGAAAGGACAUUUCAUGUUUGUUGAUUUUUCCCUUAAGUGACAUGGCAAGCAAGUCCUGUCAUUUAAAUAUGGGAAAAUAUUAUGUUUUGAUAGCUGCAUUUGGUGUAUGUCUGGUCAUGGGACAAGGAAUCCGUGGGAUCACAAGGGAAGAAAAAGAAUUGUACUGAUGUCAGGGACAGGAGAUCUGCACUACUGUGAUUAUUAUACUUCUGAUGCUGCUUUACAGGUGUGCCUUGCAUAGACCUUUGUGACAUAUUACUGAGGCUAGUUUUGUGUUGUAUCCCUGUUUCCUGUUACUAUCCAAUUGUUUGCUAAAUUAUACGUUUUAAUCAAGUUCCUACUUGGGAGCUUCAGUGGUAAUGACAGAUGUUGGAUAUUUACAUUUAGUAGAAGCGGUUAUCCAGAGCGACUUACAGUAAGUAUAGGGACAUAGGUAGGGUGAAGUGCCUUGCCCAAGGACACAACGUCAUUUGGCACGACCAGGAAUCUAACUGGCAACCUUCAUAUUACUAGCCAAAUUCCCCGACCGCUCAGCCACCUGACUCCAUAUUUCAGGUUGUACAACAAUGUAUGCUGUUUGGACAGUGCCUUACUUAUGACUUGUAACUUGUACAUUAUCACUGUGUUGUAGCUAACUGACUUUCUAGCUAAGAAGUUAAUAAUGGUAAAUGUAUAGCGUGUGUGUGGCUCUGUAUAAUAGGUUUUCAUAGGCUAAUCAAUCAAUCAAUCCAUGAUUGCACUCUCCAAGAAGAGUGUAAAGUACAGUGUGAGAACAGCGUUGUUUAACCCUGACCACCAAAUAAUACAGAGACAUUUCCAAAAGGAAUGUAAAGAAAAUGUAUUUAUGUAUGGUAGGCCUACUUAGCGCUUGAUUAAUGAAGUGUUUGUAAUAAAUACGGCGUG